AAAUUUUCUUGCCCGUUUUUUUUUUUGUUUUUUUUUUCAAACCCUCUUUUUCUUUUCCCUCUCAUCUCAGAUGAACAGAACCCGAGAAGAAGCCCUAAGAUUCUCUCCGGCGUAAACUAUUGCCACAAAGCUUGUGCUGAAUCACACUUCCAACCACAUCGCCGAUGCAAGACUUCGUCGGCUCCGUUCGCCGAUCCCUAGUUUUCAAAUCCGCCGGAGAAGAUCCGGCCGCGUUCAGAGGAAUCGUGGAUAAGAUCGGCUCGAGUAUACGGAAAUCGCGAAUUGGACUGUUUACAAAGCCACUGGAUCCCGCGUUGCCUCCAAUUAUGACGCCGCAGAGAAAUUGCGUGAAGGUGGAGGAGGAGGGGCUGCCGCCAAUGGAAGAAGCCGCUGUGGGAGAUGAAGCAUCGGGAGUUACUGAUAAAAUUGACAUAAUGGCUGUGCCAAAAGCAGCGAUAGAAGAAGAGUCGGAGAAGAAGGAGGUUUUAUUGCCGCCGCCAAUCCGGUGGAGGAAAGGGGAAAUGAUUGGGUGUGGCGCAUUUGGGAGGGUUUACAUGGGGAUGAAUCUCGAUUCAGGCGAAUUGCUAGCUGUCAAACAGGUUGCAAUUGCGACAAACAAUGGUUCAAAGAAAACACAGGAAUAUAUUAGGGAGCUCGAGAAAGAAGUAAAUCUAUUGAAAAAUCUCUCGCAUCCAAACAUUGUGAGAUACUUGGGAACUGCUAGAGAGCAGGAUUCGUUGAAUAUAUUACUGGAAUUUGUCCCAGGAGGAUCCAUCUCAUCUCUUUUGGGGAAGUUUGGGUCUUUUCCAGAAUCUGUUAUCAGAAUGUAUACUAAACAACUGUUGUUAGGCCUAGAAUACCUGCAUGAGAACAAAAUCAUGCACAGAGACAUAAAGGGAGCAAAUAUUCUUGUUGAUAAUAAGGCAUGCAUCAAACUUGCUGAUUUUGGAGCAUCCAAGAAAGUUGAAGCGUUGGCUGCUGCAACUGGUGCUAAAUCAAUGAAGGGCACUCCGUAUUGGAUGGCUCCUGAAGUUAUUGUUCAGACCGGUCAUAGCUACUCUGCGGAUAUAUGGAGUGUUGGAUGCACCAUCAUUGAAAUGGCCACUGGAAAGGCUCCUUGGAGUCAGCAAUAUCAGGAGGUUGCUGCUCUCUUUUAUGUAGGAACAACUAAAUCUCAUCCACCGAUACCCGAGCAUCUGUCUCGUGAAGCAAAUGACUUCUUGUUAAAAUGUUUACAGAAGGAGCCAGACCUGAGGUCUACUGCAUCGGAGUUGUUAAAGCACCCAUUUGUUACUGGAGAUUCUCUGGAAUCCCAUCUCAUUCUUCGCCAUUCACUUGUGAGGGAGGGCUCUGCGAAGCGGGUGGCAGAUUUUGGGAUGGAGAUCGACAAAUCACUGAACCUAGAGGCGAAGAGGUCAUGCAAUGGUCUGAAGGAUGUUAGUGACAGAUACUCGACUGUUCACCCUGACCAAUCUUCGGAAAGAGGAUCCUUGUGGCAACCUUCCAAUUUUGAUGAUGAAAUGUGCUGUAUUGAUAAUGAUGAUGAUCUUGCACUUGGUGCAUCCGCAAAAUUCACAUAUAAUCAGAGUUAUAAUCCUAUGUAUGAGCCAAAUGAUGAUUGUGCAUGCAAGUUUGAUGAAAAUCCGAAAUUGUGUAAAAGAGAAACUGGGUUGCCACCGAAUCAAACGAUGGAUAUUGGAAACGGGUUUAAUGCUUCUGGUGAGGUUGAUUUUGGAUUCACAUUUCCAAGAGAGCAGCCAGGAGCAGAAGAUGAUGAUGAAGUAACUGAAUUCAAGAUUAGGGCAUUUCUUGAUGAAAAGGCAUUUGAACUAAAGAAGUUGCAAACACCUUUGUACAACUUCUACAAUUCGUCGAGCGUUGCUGGGCCUCCAAGUCCUACUGACAUUCCGAACAAGGAAAAUGUUGCAAACUUUUGCAACUUACCUCCUAAAAGCAGGUCACCCAAUACCAAUAGGGUGGGUAGUAAAAGACUUUCUACUGCCAUGGACAGCUCAAGUCCUGGGAGUUGUCCUAGACGACUAUCAAAUAUGAGUGAUGUGAACUUCCAUGCUUCUCAGGAGGUCCAAGAGCUUCUUCCCGAUUCUCAGCGGGACGCACUUACUGAAAGUUGUAGGUUCAAUGAGAUACAGAGGAAAUGGAAAGAAGAACUUGAUGAAGAGCUUGAAAGGACCAGAGAGCUCAUGCGUCAAGCAGGUGCAUCUAAAACAUCAUCCCCAAAGGACAGAAUUUCGAAUCGACACAAAGAUCGAUUAAGGUUUGCCUCUCCAGGGAAAUAAACUUGGGGGACAAUGGACUCGAGCUAAAAUCUACUGAAUGAGUCGACAUCUAUGCCUGUGAGUAAUCUAGUUUUUUAUUGCAAUGCUCCUGGUAUACAUCCAAGUUUUCUCUCGUUUUAUCACUAGUGUUGUGUAUAGAAGAGCUCUCCUUGUCGAAAAUUUUAUUUUCUGCCAUAAUAUAAUCAUGCGGGGCGGGGCGACUGCCUGGCCGUAACAAUGUGAUCAUGUAUGUGCUAUAUAAGUUCAAAAUUUGAAGUCUGUUUGUGCAAGAAUGAAAAUGUACCAUGUGGUUGGUUUCGAGGUAGGCAGACCUAACAUCGUCCACGUCAGCCUUAAAAACAUAUUAGACGAGGCAGAACUGUAGUUAAUCUGGUUUUGUGAUAUUAGUUAGAUGGAUAAGACCAAUAUGGGGAUAUAUGUAUGUGGUUCUCGUUCACAACACAAGUCCCGUCGUCUCCCACCCUUGACUAGGCCCAGAUGACAUCGACAACAAGAACGUUAAUUAUUCAUUUUUUUCUUUCAUGUGUAAUUCAUGCAAACAUGUCAAUUCUGAAAUUAGGACCCCAUAUAUGAUGUAUCUAUUGAAGAAAUAAGGACCACUCACUUCA